GUGUGUCUAAAGCAACAGUGCCUUAUAUACCUCUCUCCCCUCCUCUGCAUAUUGAUCCUGUCGCAUUAUUCCUCAGUUUCCCGUGAAGGUUAUUUGUUCAUUCCAAAGACAGCUGCGAGUGCGGAACAGUGUGAUGCUCCAGAAGAAGGGAAAGGCUGUUCACUAUUCAUAAGUACCGAGAAACCGUCUCAGUAAGACAGGUGUUUCCAAAUCCUCAGCUGUGCGGCAUCUCCAUUCCCGCUCAGAAACAUUCCACAAUGGUGGAUUACUACAAGAUCCUGGAGGUCAACAGAAGUGCAUCUGUGGCUGAGAUUAAAAAAGCCUACAGACGCUUGGCUCUGAAGUGGCAUCCAGACAAGAAUCCAGAUAACCAAGAUGAAGCUACUAAGAAAUUUAAGGAAAUCUCAGAAGCUUAUGAAGUGUUAAGUGAUGAGAAAAAGAGAAAGAUUUAUGACCAGUUUGGAAAGGAGGGCCUGCAGAGUGGUGGUGGCCCUGGACCCACUCGACCCCGCACGUCUCGCACCACAAGGCAUCACUACAGGUUCGAUGAUGACUUUGACUACACCUUCCCGACAUUCACCUUUAGAGACCCAGAGGAAGUAUUCCGAGAAUUUUUUGGUGGAGAUCCUUUCGCUGAGCUUUUCAAUUUCGAUCCAUUUGAAUCUAUGGGCCAUAGUAGCAACAGGCGGCGACGGCAAGGUCGGCGAGUUCCUGGCCAGCAGGGACCACCAGAGCAAAACCACCACCAUAACUCCAUCUCCAGCGGCUUUUUGUCACCUUUCUCCACACUGUUUGGCUCCCCUAUGUUCUCUCCAUUUGGAGGACUUGGACUUGAGGGUAUUGAGGGUGGAGGUGGAUUUACCUCAUUUUCAUCACACUCAUUUUCCAACCUGGGAGGUCCUGGUGUGAAGCGAUCCUCAACAUCCACCAAAUUUGUCAAUGGAAAGAAAAUUACUACCAAGAAGGUGUGUGAGGGUGGCCAAGAAACUGUGAUGACCUUUGAAAAUGAUGUUUUGAAGUCUAAAACAGUCAAUGGUGUUCCACAAGCCUUACAGUAUUAGGAUGAAAAACUUCAAGGACAAAACUUGUUUUGAAAGUUUUGCCAGAUUACUUGAAAAUAUUUUGAAAAUGUGAGCCAAAUUCAUGCUCAUGUUUAUGUAACAUAGAUAACUGUAUACUUGUGGAAGCUGGACAGUGAUUGAACAUAAGUUAUCCUUCAGUGCUUUUAAGUUAUUUCUUUGUAAGUGCAUAUAUUAGUUUCUAGAAUUUGUAUGGUUGUUAUCCAGUCACAUGUACUUACCAUAGUUUUUUUUUCUUUUUUUUUUUUUUUUUUUUUUUCUCUCCAGCUUAGAUUUUUAUAGAAACUAUGCCAUGUAGAUUACUAUUUUCUUGUUUAUUUGAAUAUAUACAUGUAUGUAUAAGUUAUUAUUUUAAAGAAUGGCACAUUCACAUAUUUACUUAAUAAUCGCAAGAGGAGUGUCUCCCUGUAUGGUGAAAUUCUUAUUAACUAUAUGUAUUAAUUUCACAAUCUUCUGUUAUGUUGAAUGCUUUUGAUAACUCAUCAGAAUCAUGUUAAAUAUAUAGUUUUCAUUUAGUUCAAAACUCUGUUUUUGGGAAAUAACACCAAUAGUUUAGAGAAAUUAUGCAUCAUUCAGGAAAUUUGGAAGUUGGAACAGCACUCAAAGUGGUGCAUUUUUUUGUAUGUGAUAAUAAUGACUACUCAGAAAAAAAUUAGUCAUAUCAGUAGCAUCCAUUGUAUCUGUAUGUAUUUGAAUGUUCAUAGUAGAUUAUAUCACUGCUUGUAAAAUAUUUGCAUGACCACAGACGAUGAGGAAAGUUACCAUAUGAGUUACUCUCCUCCGAUGAUUGAAUCACUAUUUCAGAUAUGAUGAUGCAUCCAGAAAAAAGAAAUAUUCUGAUUUCAUUGUGGAAAGGAAAGCAAGAUAUUACAAACUGUAGAAUAUUGCAGCUUCACUUAGUAUACCCAACUACAAACAUGGUGCCUGUCACUGUACCUUUUGCUGUUAUCAGUGAACGUACAGUUGGAUCAGUUCAGAAUUAAGAAGGGUUCCGUAUGUCUUAUGUUUCCUGAUGGAUUAUAUCCACCCUAGCUUAAUGCUGAAGCACUAGUUAUAGUUGAUAAUGCACAACAGGAUGUAUAGUAUUGGCUCCACAGAGUUGUGGACUAGUUUCCACAGAGUUGUGGACUAGUUUUUGUUUUUUCAUGUAGUUUCAAAUGAAGUUAGAAGUAAUUACUUUCAUGUAAGUAACUUUCACUUUAAUAAGGUGAAAAAUCCAGUAUCUAAGUUUGGCACUACAUUGAAUUUCUUCAAGAUUAGGCUGUGGUUUCAGAGAGUAAGUUUAUAACUUUCCCUUUAUUUACUGUGCUAAAAGAUCAAAGCAUUUUAUUUUUUGUGGUUCCUAUGUGUAUGCAAAGUUAUGAUCCUUGUUCAGGGGAUUGCAGCCUUAACUUCAUGCCUUCAAAAAUACUGGGAGUUUUCAUAUUUCAUCAGCCAGAUGUAUAUUUGUUCUCAUGAUUCUUACUUGAAGUUAAACAUUUCUCUCAAACUAAAAACACUGACAUUUCUACCAAACUUUUGCAAAAAUGACUGAAUAUAUGUGUGUUUCAGUCUGUCACUUUGUCUGUCUGUCUGUCUGUCUGAGUGAAUGUGUGUGUGCAUAAGUACAUCUUAUGUGAGUUUGUAUCCAUGCAGGUGUACAUGCACAUACAUGUCUAGCUACAUUUUGCUUGGACAUCAAUUUGGGACAUCUUGUUAUACGUUUAAUUCUGUUUCUGUUCCUAAUAUUAAAACCCUCUUAGUCCCAGGACAUAUUGUGAAGAAGGGAAAGGCUGAUAUUUAUCUUGUGAUGAACACUUAUUUAUUGUUUUGUCAGACCAUAAAAUUAUAUUCUUUAUCUUUCUUUUCUGAAUACUUUAAGGAACAUUUUGCUUUAAGGUAUAUGCUGACUGAGUGUCAGAUGUUAGGGAGUAGUUUUUGUUGAAGUGGUUGUAUUUUCCAAAACUGUAUGAUAUUUUUUCCAACGUGCAACUGCUGCCUACCCAUAUUAGUAUUUAUAAGAGCAUUUUACUUGCCAAAGAUAGAUUUGUGCUGACUUGCAAAUAUUUGCAUAAUUCCAGCAUAUUCAUGGUCUUAUAGAGUUUGAUGCAAGUAUUUUAUCAUGCAAAUUGCUUCUUUCUUAGGUGUCACCUCAUAUUUAUAGGAAAAGGCAAAAUUAUUACCCCCCCCAAAAAAAAAAAAUAAUAAUAAUUAAUAUAUGCUAAUGUAUGUACAAUAAUUUGGCAACAGUAAAGAGAAGAAAUAGGACUUUCCACAUAGGUUAAAUAAAGGCCAUAUAGCCUUACUAGGGCUGCAGAAGAGUAUUGGUGUUCUCAUCUGUGGCACCUGGUUAAGGCUUGAGUUCCUGACCAUAAUGUACCAGUCACAGUCUACUAUGUACAGUGCUACUCGGCCCCUCUGUGACAGUAAAUGAUUAAUGUAUGACCUGACUGUAUAAUGUUCAUUACUUACAAACCCCUCAGCAGUGAACAACUAACUCAGGCUGAUUUUCCUUUCUCCCAGCCAUAUGCUCCAUUCAUGCAGCAUAGAAAUUCAUAAAGGGAUAUAUAUAUAUAUAUUCCUGUCAAUUACUCAAUUUUUUUUUUUUCUCCAGAAGUAUCCUAAGUGGACCCAAUUUCUAACAUAAGGUUAUUAUAAUGAUCUGUUAAAUUACUGGUCUUGAUUAUUAUCUCUGUUUUAUUGGGGUCAGCAGAAUGACAUAGACAUACCAAUCUUGAAACUACUUGCUACCAAACUAAUGAUGCGUUCUGCCAUCCCCUGCGUUUUGAUGAAACUAUGUUAUUCUUGUCAUUUACCUUUCAUAUUGUCAUGACAGUACAGUUUCAUAAUGCAUCACUUGCCAUCUGUUUGCUGGUAAGUCCAUGGUUGUGUGAUGUCUAUGUUAACCUGUUGUAUGAGAGAGCUUAACUGUUGAAGCUCCUCACAAGCUUCCACUUGUUUAUAAAAGUCUGUUAUAAUUUUGUGUGGAGUUGUGGGUAGGAUGAGGUACAGAUGUUUGUAUUGCACUUGCAAGGUACCCAAAGAUAUCUAGAGUAAUGCUUAAACAUGCUUUAAUUGUACAUGUAAUAUUUAUGUACACUGAGUAAUAAAGUGUUUAUUAUCUUUACCUACA